AUGAUGCAAGUGCCGGAUCAUCUAUCGGUAACAGGCGCUGAUUUGAUAUCCCUUGAACCCAUCAGCAAUUUGAUGAAUCGACUCGAAAGUGCUAGAAGUGCAUUGAUUGAAAAGAUGAGUGUUCCGGAGCAUAUCACUGUUUAUGGAGAAGAGAAGACUGUUAUACCGGAUGAACGAAUUUAUCGACAAUCGGUGAGUUCUUCUUUUUUUGUUGAAAAUAAUGAAAUGUUUGGUUUGUUUCAGGCAUUGCGUAUGGAAGUUCCUAGUCAUUUGAAUGUCUUUCAUCUGUCUGAAACAUCGGAAAACAAUAAUAUGAAGAGUAAAACUAUAGUUAAUCAAUCGACAGCUUCGUCGAAUUUGGAGAAUCCAUUUGAGGAAGCGAAAAUGAUGAGAAAACAGUUUGGUUAGUGAUUUUAGAUUUGAAAUUUUUAGAAAAUUGUGAAUAAUCAUUGUUUGGGUGUUAUUUUUAUAUUCAUUUGAAUUUAUAAUCUAUUGCAAAGUCGUUUCAAUAUAUCAAAAAUUUAGUUUUAGAAUUUCAAAAAGUGGGUCCAAAAAUAAAAUUCAAAGGCAAAUGUGAAACAAUAAUUAAAGGAUUCGUCUUUCUAUGAGGUCAGAUUAGCUGAAUAGUUUAAGCUAAGGUGCUUCUUGAAAGUUCUGUGUUUAGAAAAAUUUCUAGGUGCGCGGAUACCGAUAUUUUCGUGAAAAAACAACCCGCUAAAACUUUAAAACUAGUAAAGCAAGCUCGCUCUAUUGCACGCAUAAUUCAUAUGUGUACUUCUCUCGGAGUUUACAUCCAAACAUUUAUCGAUUAUUUCGGGUGUCCCUCAUCAAGUCUAUGCUAAUUUAUAGUUAGUUGAAAAUAGUGAUUUGUGAUCUGAAAUUUCAAAAUUAAUUUUUUAAACUUCUCUAGAAUCUAGUUAAUUUCAGUAAUAAUGGUCGAACGAAUUCGUAUGCUAGAAACUCAAAUAGAUGUACAAAAACGACGUGAACGAGUUCUCCUUCUUGCUCUCAUCGGAGCUGCUCUUACAAUGGCUUGGAAUUGUAUGAAAAGAUAG